UCCGCAGCUGUCAACAAAAUAACGUCCAUACGCGAGUGGAGAUUAUAUAAAAUUUGACAUCUACAUUUAAUUAUAGUAGAUAUCCAUGGGGCAUUUCAUAGCACCCAAAUAAAGUAGCUUUUUCUUCAUAUUUGUCCGUUUAGCCGAGUAUGAAACAAUAGUGACAACAAAAUGAAGUGCUUAAGAACAGAGGAUUAUGUCCAACAUCUGUCGUGUGUAAAGGACACUGUAGUUCUUCACGAUGAAUUGAAGAAACUUGUGGAUGAUGGCAUUGGUCUAUAUGGCCGCACAACGUGUGAUCGUAUCAUCCGAGCAUGCAACCAGCGGCUGUGCAGUGGCUCGCUGGAUUCUGCUCAUCUGGAGCAGCUAGUGGACUUGGUAGAACUGGCCGUCCGGGGGUUUGAAUUGCUAGAGGAGUCUGGGAUGCAUAGCAACCCCUUUUAUUUGGAGAAAAUAGUGUUCCACAUCCUACAGAAACUUGCCACACUUGAAGCUCAUGGCCCUGCUUGUCGCCUGGGACAACUCUUGUACAGAAGACUGAAGCAGUUGUCUACAGAGACGGAUGACUUCCAUGUUUUGGUGCGGAACUGCUUUGCGGUGCUGUGGAACAGUCUCCUCUCUAACAGUGCACGUGGCUCUGCCCUCACUCCAAGAGACAAACUCCGCUGUCAGCUACAAGCUUUGACUUUCAGACUCUUAGAGCAGGAGUCCAGCUCAGCCUCUUCCCCAUCCAGAGUGCCUUUGUUUGUGGAGGAGGCGGUCGGAGAGUAUGAACGAUCAUGUGGGAGUUUAACUCACGAUGAUGUGAGUUUUUUGACCUCUGAAUCACAAGAACUGAUCCUCAGCCCUUUAAUCAAACCAUCUGAAGGGCCAGACUCUGCAUUGAUGUGUUCCUUGCUGCCUGUAAGGUGUGAGGUGUUGUUUAAGGUGUGCAAACAGCUUUGUAAGAGUCGGUUUUCAGCGGAGGCUCUUGGGCUGUUGCGUAAAGUUCUGAAUGACGUCAAGGAUAAUGGUGGGCUGCACUCAGCUCUGAGUCUUGCAGAUCGGGCAGUGCAGCUGCAGUGUGCAUUAGGCUCUGGAGAAGAGUGCAGUAAGGCUUUCACCGAAUGUGCACUCAUCCUCAGAGGUCAGCCCAGUGCCAUGUCUGCCCCAGAGUGUUAUGCCCUAUUGGAGGCAUGUCGGCUGGUUAUUUGGGCGUUGGAGGCUGGCCAGAGUAAAGGGAUGGGCAUAGCUACAUUGCUGACAUGUUUUUCUUUCUUGGAGGAAUAUCAGGACCUUCUGCUCACAUGGCAAAAGGGCUCAUUUUCACAGCAAAUGCAGUACUCCAUAUGUUUCAGUUUUUACCAAGGCUUCAUUAGCACAUAUGAAAGUCUCCACACAUAUCAGGUGUCUGCAGGCGAUACUCUGGACAGAGUGCUUUUGUAUUGCCAGGCGACAGCAGGACGCAUGCUGACUGAACUGCGGGCACUUAACAAUGACAACUUUUUACUUAAAGCAGUGUGUGUGGUGAAUAAUGUGGUAUACGAGCUGUUCAACAGGAAGUUGUAUGACGGAGCAUUUAGUUUAGCUGUGAUUGUGUGUCAGGAGCUGUUUAAGGACUGCCCACCCUCUCUGCCUGUGGACAGGGUGAAUCGCUGUUUCAUGCUGGUGGUUCAGUGUAGUAGGCGUGGGGGUAAGCUGGAUUGUGCUCUAGACUGGGUUGUGCGCUGGAUUCUGGUUUUGGGCACACAGGUUUUGGAUCAUCUUGCAGAACCUGUGUCACUGUGGGUCAAAACCAAGUGUGAUGCUGCCCGAGCAGGAGAGGAUGACACACGCUUGAGGACUCUGAGGGAUGGUUUGGGCGAAGUGUCUGUGGAUGAGGAGGUGCUGAUGUGUUUAUUAGAGGAGGAGUUGCGUGUGUAUAAGGAGCAGACGGGAGACACAGCGCAGGAGCGCUACAACACACUCUGUGACCUCUUAGAUAUCUGCCACGAGGAUACCCCGCACACAUUGAGACGGGCUUCUUACCUGUGUGAGAUGGCACAGGUUGUAUGUUACCAGGAUUUCAGCCAACAGACUGACUGCUCAGCGGUAGACUUCACCCAUGAGGCAUUGCAGUUGUUGGAGGCGGAGCCAGAGACAGCAGAGAAUACUGAUAGGCUGAAGGAUGAGAAAGCACAGGCUUCCCUUUGGCUCUACAUCUGCACUCUUGAGUCCAAUCUGCAGGAGGCUGUGGACACAGAGAAGCGAUUGCGUGCGGUGCAGGAGGAGAGUAAAACAGCAAUGAAUAUGGAUCCUGUUCCCACUAAUGAUCUGGAGUAUGAGGACAAACAGAAAUCACAAGAAAGCCAGCUGGUCUAUGAUGGACUCCGCUUCAAUCUACUGGGCCAUAGCAAGCUGAGUGAGCCUUUGGAUAGAUGUUUGUCUCUAUGGAGGAGUCUACUGAGGGGGUCUGUGCCUGCAGUAAGAGACCCCAAACUCACAGCCUCCUCCAUCACACUAAUGGCUGCCCUCUACACACUUAUGGGCAAGCAUCUGGAAGCUCUGGAGGGAUAUCAGCUUGCUGGUACCCUAUUCCGCAGUCUUGGCGAUGCCCAGAACAGUGCUAGUGCCUUUUGCCACUCUGCCAGGAUCCUGCUGUAUCUGGGCUCCCCUCAACUUGCACAGGCAGAGUUAGAAAAAGCAGAACAGAGUUGGACCUCUGAUCCAAGCUCAGAGGCGAUGUCUGUUAUCUCCAUGACAGCUAUGCUGCAGAGAGCACAGAUCUGCUUCGCUUUAGUACAGGUUGAGCGAGGCGUAUGCUGCCUGACGGAGGUGAUAAAGGAGUCUGGUCAGCAUCAUUCUAAGAGCUGGUACCUGCUCAGGGCACAAGCACUGCAGACAGCCAGUGAAUACUUGAGUCUGGACACACAGGCUUUGGACUUACAGCUACGUCAAUGCAUCAUUCAACAUGGUCUGAAGACUCCAGACACAGCUCAGUAUGAAGGGUUAAAGCUGUUGUGCAGCCUGGUGAUGAUGUUGCUGGGCAACGGGUUUUACGGAGCCCCUGGACCAAACACAGACACUUGCUUUGUAGAUCAAGGAGACAGUGUUGUGUUUAAAUGGCUGUUACUUAGUGAGGUGCUAGUGUGUUCUGAGAGGAUGGUGACUGUGAGGAGCAGCAGUGGGGCCGUUCAUGAAGCUAAGGCUCAGUGUUUGGAGGCUCUUAAAUUGGCCACCAAACUGCAGACCCUCAGCCACUGUGCUGAGCUGUUGGUGUUGAAAGCAGGACUUGAAUUGAUGAAGGGAGCUACUGAAGCCAGUGUUUUAGACCUGGAGCAAGUUAGAAACUUGCUGGAUCUGUGCACAGAUUUUGGCCAGGGGCAACAACAGAAGUGCGAGGUGAAAAUAAAACCUCGCAAAGGCCGGCCAGCUGCCCCUUCUUCCUCUGGGGAUGUCCCUGAAGAAGAAGAGGAUCUGAGUGGAAUCCUCAGCACUCGUGCCCUUCGCAAGGAGCCUGUGGAGGCCAUAUCUAGAUUAGGAAGCCAAGGAGCAUCUCCCCCUUUAAAGCCCAAAUGCCAGCGUGGGCUUUCCUGUCUGACCCAUGCAGAGACCUGCUCCUGUUCCUGCUGCAGUGAGCUCGGCUUGGCUCGAGUCAGUGUCCACUGGGCGCUGAUACAGGCAGACCUCCAGUUAGACCAAGAGGUGUCCCGCCAACUACGCCUUUCUGCCAGGAAGCGUUGCCGUGGUGUCAUAGCUACACUCCAAAGCAAAUUGGCAACUCUUGUAUCUUCUAAAAAGUCAACUGGGCUAACACUACUGCAGGCAGAAUUGGGCAGAAUGCAUUUGGGAACUGUGCUUCAGCUUCUCAGAACUGGAGACAAAUGGAAAGAUGCAGCCCUGUGGGAGGAGAUAGAAGCAGGAUUGGAGGCAGUGAAGCCUAAAGGGGCAAUGACACCAGAGCUUGGACCCAUAAGAGCUGCUCUGCUGGGGUCUAAAGCUGUGGCCUGCCUCUUGGCACUGGCCAUGAAAAAACAGAGCACACCUGAAGAACUGUUCUCCAGUGUCUGGGGCUGGAACCCACUGAAGACUAAACCACAAAUAAAACCUAAAACCGAACUGAAACUUAGAGCCAACAGCCCCGUUUCUGACAAACUUCCAGAGGCAGGUGUUAAACACCAACCUGACUGCGUCCCAUCCGAAAGAAGAAAAAACAAAGUGUCCGCUUUAGUUUCUAAGAAGGCUAAAGACUCUGUGCCCAAAAUUACCAUCACAAAAUCCUCAAUGGUUUUCAAAACCCCCAAACCAACAAGGACUUCCCGGCCCAAAUCAGUCUCCACUAGCAUUGGUGACUUAAGAGCAUUUGACUUCACCAAUGAGGUGCCUGAGAUUUUGGUCUUUGCACCUUCGCUAACGCCUGCCAGCCGUCAAGGGAUCAUAAAGUCAAAAGCCGCCCCAAAGGGAGCAUUUGAGGUUUAUACAGAUUCUUCUCCUGCAGAAGAGAAACCUGUGGUCGUGCCUGCUGCACCUAAACGAACCACGCGCUCUCGCUUUAAGGUUGAGUUCAGUGAUGAGAGUGAUGCUGAAAGCGCACCUCCUGCUCUAGUGGAGAAGUCUGAGAAAAAGCAAAACUCUUCCAACUGUAAAACCCCUCGCACCCUUAAGCCAGCCCUGAACUCCAACCCUAGUGAUAGCAAAGUUCUUGUAAACCCCACUGUGAAACCAGACCCUCCUCGAAGGUCCCGAGCCAGUAAGAAAACCACAGCCCUCCCCUCCACCAGCCGCCUCUCCUCUGAGGAAGAAACUAGUGUAUCUUCUGCAUGCACACGGAGGGGGCGGCCAAAGAAGAGUCAGAGUUCAGAGGUCACAGAGGAGCCAGAGAGGAUGAGAAUGAUUAAAGAGGAUGAAGAUGAGAUUCUUUUGAAUAUCAGCCUGGAGGAGCUUAGAGGUUCUGAUACAGAGAUGAAAGACACAGGCAGCCCAGAUGCUGAUUGUGAGGUCCUGAGGAGAGAUCUGGCUGCUGAUAUCAGACGGGAGUGUUUCAGUGAGCUCAGGAGGACUGGACAGAAUGGUCCUGGAGCUCACACAACCCUACCACACGCUCCUGCACCUCUAGCUGACCUGUCAGUAGAGGUGGUCCAGUCGCACCUUCGUUCCUCAUGGCUCCUCCUCCACCACUUCCCUCCUCCCUCAAUUUAUCCCCACGUCUGCUCACUGCUUGCUCAGUCACUCGGCCAGACUGAUCCCACCACUACAGCAAUGCUGCAUGCACAGUCACUGGGGGUGUCCACUCGCCACCAUAUGACCCGUCAUGUGGUUAGCCAGUUCAGGAAGCUGAAGAAAUCUUGUAAUGAUGUAGCAGAGGGUCUUGGUGCUCUGAGUCUGGAGGAAUCAUCUGGGGCAACAAAGUCUCAAAAACUCUCUGCGCUUGAGCAGAUCUUUUCCUUCACCUCAUCACAUCCAACACAGUUCCCUCUAAUGCACACAGAGCAGUUCACUCAGCAGCUUAAAGAUCUGCCAGCAGGAAUAACAGUGUGCAUGUUCACACUCACGGGCGUGUAUCCCGAUGAGACUGGCAGCACUAUUCUUCUGACCCGACUGGAGAGAGACUCCACCCCAAUUACUGUGAGAAUCCCUACUGCAGACAGAGAGCGCUCCGUUGCCGUGCUGCUGGAAGAGGUGGAUGGAGUGUUGAAGGGGCAGAAGGAGGUGAGCGCGGUGGCAGAGAAAUCACAGUGGUGGGAGGGACGGAAGGCUUUGGAUGCACGUGUGGAGAAAUUGCUCAAGGAGAUGCAGGAUACUUUAGGUGUGUGGCGAACUUUACUCCUCCCUUUGACCUCUGACCCUGAGCUGGACGUUCAAGUUAAGUGCUUCCAACAGGCACUAAAAGGGACAAAGAUCACACAGGACAUGCUCAAGGUGGUUCUCUCUGCAUCUCCACUCCUCUUCCCGCCAGACUUGCAUUCUCUUGUGGAUGGGACAGGUCUGCAGGACAGGGACUUCCUGAAGCUUCUGCAGGGGGGUGUUACUAAACUGAGAGGGAGGGAGGAACCACAGGGACAUACGGUUCUGAUCUUCGACAAGUACUUGCAAAAGUUGCCAUGGGAGAACAUUGCUUGUCUGAAAUCACAUUCUGUCACUCGCAUGCCCUCUUUACAUGCAGUACUAGGACACAGUCAUCUGAAACAGAUGGAGUCUAGCUGUGUGUUGUCUUGUGGUGUGAACCCUAAGCAAGUUUACUAUGUGCUGAACCCAGAUGGAAACCUGCCUGACACUGAGAAGCGCUUUAAAGAAUGGUUCACUGGUGAGCGGGCAUGGAAGGGAGUUUGUGGAACCGCUCCUGAUCCAGAUAAACUACAAGAGGCUGUGACCACUAAAGACCUCUAUAUUUACAUAGGGCAUGGUGCAGGAGCCCGAUUUCUAGAUGCUCAAAGGGUUUUGAAAGGGCCUGUGCGGGCCGUGGCUCUGCUGUUCGGCUGCAGUAGUGCUGCUCUCAGUGUACUUGGACACCAGGAAGGAACAGGGCUCAUCCUUAGCUAUCUGACCGCAGGAUGCCCACUAGUGCUCGGUAACCUGUGGGAUGUGACGGAUCGUGAUUUGGAUCGCUUCACAUCAGCUCUGCUCCAGUCCUGGCUUUCUGCUGGCCCUGGCUCCUCCCUGCUUGAGCAUUUAGCCCAAUCACGUAAUGCCACACACCUCAAACAUAUAAUUGGUGCUGCACCGAUUGCAUAUGGUUUGCCUGUGUAUAUUUGCUAGCCUAGAUUUUUCAAUUUUAACGUUUAUUCAGACAAUUUACCAAAUUGUAUUGUAUAAAUGCACCAAUUUGUUUUUCUUAUUUAAGGUUUAAUUUAAGUCAAUCGCAGGGUUUGUUUCCAACAUAGAGAUAAAGCUUUAUGAAAAUGAAUUUUUUUGGUGGAACAUAAAUGACAGUGCGUUAAUUCUAGGACUAAAUCUAAUUUGUGUUUUGCUGUUUUAAUGUUAAGACAUGUUAGCAAUUGCUGAUUUUGUUUGCUCAUACUUGAGACAUUUUACAUCGAAAUUCUUUUAAGCCACGUUGUUGUUGUUUUUUGUUUGAUAUAAACAUUCUUAUACAUUGUUUAACAUUUUUAUUUCCUGUUUAUCUUGUAUCAAAUGCCAAACUGCUUUGAAAUAAAAUGAUUUUAUAACAUA